AUGAUUAAAAAAAGGGUUGCGAAGAGUUCCUCCAAUCAACGGGGCAAAGAAGGUGCCAAUAAUACAGUGUUGGAUGAAAGCAGUGUCGUUAUAAAUGAAAAUGACCAACGGGCUAUUAGCGAUUUAUUAUCGGAGAAGCAAGCAAUAGUUUCUGUUACUUCAUCUAGUACGAAAAAAUCCAAUACUACUACCAUAGAUUUUCUUGAAUUGUAUGGAUCAAUGCACAAUGAGCAAAUACUUCAAGAAAAUUAUAAACAGCAAGAAGACUCAACUUUGAAAUUUCAACCGAGAGAAAAGAGGAAUACUAAACAAAAUGCAACAUUUUCAACUUCAGAUCUUAAAAAAAGGAAACGAAAUGUACAGGAAACCCCUAUAAUUCAUGAGCCAACAGUUACCACAGUAGUGGUACAUGUUAAUGAUGAGGAUUUAACUGUCGACGAUGUCAUGACUAAUCAAGAUCAAACAGAAAUACCAGACGAUAUUACAAUUCAGGCUAUCAAGAUGAAAAGAAAAAAAAUUAGGGAAGGAAAUAAUCAAGAAAAUAGUACAGUUUCAGAAUCUGAGGAAUACAUACCUCUUGAAUACAUGCCGGAUAAACCCGGUUUAGGAUUUUCCAACAACAGUAAUUAUUCAAUAGUUAUGAAAAAUGGAGACAUUGUUUUACAUAAAAAUCUAGAUGAGGGAAGAUUGGUGAGAGAUGAUGAUUUUGAAGAUAAUAUAGAUGAAAUUAUUAACAGGGAUGAAGAAGUGUUCGAAUCUUGGAAGGAAUCAAAAAUUAUGUUUGGAAAACCUAACGAUGAUAGGAAUAAGGGAGAUCAAAAAGAAUCAUAUGGAGAAAUUGAGAUGGAUGAUACCGAAUCUAUUGAAGAUGAAGAAAAAAACAAAGAAAUCACUGAUUUUGAAAUGAAACAAAUGAGAAAUGCAGGCUUGUAUCUUCCAGAAAACUCUUCCACAAUUUUUACACAAAAUAAUUUAUUCAAAUCGAGUGAAGAAGUAGAAAAAGAAGCAAUGCUAAAGAUUGAAGAAAGUAGAAUGUUAGAGGAAUCCAUUAAUAGAUUUGAUUCAAAGAAUGAUACCAAGCUUAUAGAAUCUUUUGAAAUUGUAGAAAAGCAAUUAUUGGAACGAAUGAAAGAACUUGAAAUUUCUCAUUCUGGCUGUAUGAAGGUUGUUUUAGAUACCAAUACCGAUAUCGAACAUUGCGCCAAGAAUCUUUCUCAAUUAAAUGAAGAUAUAGACCAAUACAAGGAACAAUAUGAGUACUUCCAAGAAAUGGGAAGAUUUACCGACAACUUAUCGGACCUUUUAGAUACAAAACUUCCUGAGAUUGAAAUAAUAGAAUCUCAAAUAUUGGACAUACAAGAGCGAUAUUACAGACAGUUAUUUGAAAAGUCGUUUCAUGGACAUGCUUCUUUCAUAACAGCUUACAGAGAAGAUCAAUAUGAGCGUGCAGCUUCUUUUGGCGGAGAUGGAACAGUAGAAAUAACCUACGAUAGAUUUUUACAGGAAGUGGCAAUACUAGUUGAAAAAAUGAAAACUGUUUUCAACGAUGUGGAUGAGGAUUAUUAUAGUUUAACUUUACUGAAAACUCGGUUUGAGGGUUGGAAAUCCAAAUAUCCUUCCCUAUAUAGGGAUACAUAUUGCAGCCUUUGUUUACAAAAAAUGUUUUCAAUCUUUUCAAGAUAUGAAUUGUUUACUACUGGUUCCCCUAUCAGUUUUGGUGAAAUGAAAAAUAUUGAGGGCCAAUUACCUUCCUGGUCUGUUAGCCCAUUACUAUGUACAUCAUUUUCAGUAUUUGAAUUUUGGAAAACGCUCUUUAACUACGGUGAAAACAAUGAGAUUGAUGAGGAAACAAUUUUACCAGAAAUUAUUAGAAAAACCAUCUUUCCUUUUAUACAGCAUACUUUAUCUAAAAUUUACAAUCCUAUGGACUUUACUCAAACCAGAAAUGCUAUAGAAAUAGAUGGUUACCAUUUAGAAUAUAGAGCAAAGGUAAAAUAUUUACCAAAAGCCGAUAUUUUGUGGAAGAUAUUCCCUUCCUAUUCCCUACUCAUCGUAUCUCUUUCAAAUAAUUCAGUACUUGUUUUUAAAAUAAGUGGAUAUCAACUACAUUCCGUUCAAUCUGGAUCUUCCUAUGAACAAGAAUAUAUCAAACAAAGAACAAAUAAUACAUCAUCUUUUCAUGAGAAAUUAAACAUUUCCGAGUAUGCCGAGUUGGAAUGUGAAUAUGGAAAUAUUGGUGGGAUAUGUGCAUCAGACAAAAAAACUGGAAUUAUAAUUGGAACAAAUACUGGAGGUUUACUUUUUACAAAAACUGAAUUUGAAAAGAGCAAAUCAAAAAACUUUUCCCAAUACAUUGGCUCGGAUUUUAUUUUACAACAAUUAUCAUCAACAUCAAAAAAACUAGUGGAGCAAGAUGACAGAUUACUUUCUAUCAAAAGCCUUAGUUAUAAUACCAAUAAUAAUAUUUUUGCUAUUGUGUUAGAAUUGGGUGCAGUUUUAAUAAUUAUUUCAGAAAAGACAAUGGAUUUACAAAAUCUUAGAACUCUUCGAGUUAUUGAAAAUCUUGAGGCUGUAUGCGUUCAAUUUAAUAAGGCAAAUAAUCUAUUGGCUGUUGGAUGUAAAAAUAGUCAGGUUAUUCUCUUUGAAAUUGCAAAAAACAAUCAAUUGACUGAAAGAUCUCGUCUCUCUUUAGCCUACAGAGGAUUCACCUAUGAAGAACUUGGAUCAGUUGCAUCCAUAUGUUUCAGCCCCCAUGAUGGCUUAGUGGUAGCUGUGGGAUUCAGUAAGAGGGGAUUUGCUGUUUUUCACAUUUCAGGUAUUUGUAUAAUGACAACUUUACCCCAAUUUUCAGAAAAGGAAAUGCAAAGUAUUCUGUCUCAAACCAAUCAGACACAUGUUUCUAAAAACAAGCUUAUUGAACCGUUCGGAUCUGGUGUCAGAUCACUUGUUUGGAAUAGUGACGGGUGCCAUCUCGUUGCUGUUUCUAAUGGUACUAGUACCCUUGCUGAUUUUACUUUUUGUAAGAGUAUUCUAUCCAAUAAUUUUGCACAAAGUAAAAAUUCUAAGGUUGUACUUCAAACAAGCGAAAAAUUACUGAGAUUUCACAUGUCUUCUGGAACUGAUUUUGUAAAUGCUGACUGGGAACCUCUUGAAAUACCUCGUUCCUAUCUUGGUUUCAAUUAUCCUAUAGAAAAUGUUGCUACAAGUCCUGAUGGUAAUUCUUUAGCAUUAUCUGGAAGAAAAGGAUGUAUAAUUUAUUCUGGAAAUGUUAAAAAGUGGAGAAUGUUUGGAAAUCUUGAACAAGAGUAUUGUAUUAAUUGUAUUGGAAUGGUUUGGAUUGAUAAUAUUGUAUUGGCAAUUGUUUCUAGAAAUGACCUUGGUGAAAGUGAAUUACUUCUCUACCCAAAACAUCACUUGAGUGAUACAACAAGAUUAGAGAAGCGUAUAAUUACAAAUUCAAAUAUUCUUUUUAUUGAUACUACAUCUGUAUUGUUAAGAAUUACAGAAAAUCAAAUGAAAUUAGUACAUUUGAUUUUUAUGUACGAUGAAUCAAUGACACUACACAUUUAUACAUGCCCAAUUGACUAUGGUAAUAAUAAUAGUAUUUCUGUAUCAUUAACAAAGCUUGAAGUGAUAGACAUGUCUAAAUUUCAUUCAAUACCUCCAAAGUCUAUGAUUAGUGUUUCUUGCCAUUCUAGGUGUAGUAUCAAUUCCUCUGAAAAUACUAAAUUACUCUCAUCAACCAGAUUAAUAUUUUUACACACGAAUGGAGAUAUUGGCGCCUUCAGAUUACAUGGUUCAAGAAUGGAACUCAUCUUAGAGAGGGGAGUUGACGGUAUUUGGAUUGACACAGAAAAAUCGUUUGGUGAUAAUAUGGUUUAUUUUACCUUUAAUGGAAAAAUGAGCAGAGGAGGAACUGAUUUAUCAAUUGUAGAUCUUUCACAAUUACCAAAAUUAAACCAUGUCAAGGUCAAAAAUAUAAUCCCUUUCGAUACAGAGGGUGUGCCAAUUGGAAUGUUAAAAGAGUUUGGAGUUUUUUUACAAAUAUCAGAAAGUGUUAAACAAAGAAUUUGUGCUCCUAUAGAAAAGAAGAAGUCUUCCACCAAAAUUUCAGAUCUUUCUCCUCAUAGAUUUAGUGGUCGUGAAAUUUUGUUUCUUGAAAAUCCUCUGGGGUUUCCUCAUUAUGAAAUGCAACCAAAAAUGUACCCCUAUAUACAUGGCCUCUUAUUAGGAUUUUUGAUUGAGUCUUCGGAAGAGGAUCAUGAAAAGUUGGUUUCAUUUACCAAGAAUUUACCUGCCUUUCAAAAUUCUCCAAUGGCCUCCUUCACUGCUAAUUUGGAAUGGAUGCUACAUUGUGCUUUGGGAAGUACAGAUAGCUCUAGUUAUUUAUCAAUUGAAAAAUUACAAGAGGACCACAAAUUUGUAAAAGUAGAUAUGAGGGAUUCCCUCCAGAAAGUUGUAAAUUUCUUGCACCACUUUUCACAAUUUAAUGGUAAGCUUUAUUACAAAUUAUUAAUAACACUUUUAGAUAUUGUUGUUAAUUGUUUGAGAAAAACAGAUAUUGUACAUUGGGACAAGAUUUUCAAAUGUUUGCCACAGUCUCCUCUAGCUAUGUUUGAGAGUUUCAUCCAUAAAAAAUCCGUACACUCAGCUGCUAACAUGUUGAAAAUAUUACAACACACCGAAGGUAUUGAUCAAGUUUUGAAGUUUUCAUAUCAAGUCUUGACCAUUACUCUCUCACAAUUAGAGUUUGAAUUAGCAAAUGACAUUUUGCGUUUCAUUAAUUUAAUAGAAGAGGAGAAAAAGGCUGAAGAUAAUACUGAAAUGUCCGAGAAAGAAGAUAAUCCAAUUGUAGAAAGUAUCAUUUCCAUACAGAUGAGAGAACUAAUGACAAGUUGUGAUCUAUUUGCCUUACUCCAAUUGGAGAGAUCCAUAAAGACUGUAUCUUUGAAGAAAUGGUUACAAGAUGGAGAGAAACUCAAGUCUGGUAAAUUCCCAUCCACACUUAUUGAAGAUUCUCCCUCAUGGGAGGAAAUGUUCUCCAAAAUUCACAAAUCCUUCAACAUUCCAAGAGCCAACAAGUCAGCCGUCAACAAUAUGUUAGAUACCAAACAAAACGAACACUUAUUGAAUCAUGAAUAUUUUACAACCACUCAAAACCUAUUAUAUAUUACAACAGAUUUGAAAAAUGAUCUAGAGCAUUUAUUAGAAUGUUUUGUUGAAGGAGAAACAAUUGGCUAUGCUCUCCUUAUUGCAACCCUCCUUUGUGAUGUUGGUGUACUAAGUACUAUCCUAAAGGAAAACAAAGAUUACAGAUUCAAUUUCCUCAACAUGUUUAAACACAAAAAUAAGUAA